AUGUUUAUUAUUUUUUGUUUGUCUUGUUUCCCAGGACCAGAACCUGAUAUCAGUGCCGUCACUCAAGACUUUCCAUCUGAUCCAGUCCGUCCAGGAGACUCAGUGACUCUGCAGUGUUCAGUCCUCUCUGACUCUGAGAAGAAAACAUGUUCAGAAGAACACAGAGUUUAUUGGUUCAGAGCUGCAUCAAAUGAAUCUCAUCCCAGUUUCAUUUAUGCCCAAGUAAACAGUAGUGAUGGAUGUGAGAGGAGUCCUGAAGCUCACUCUCCGCAGAAAUGUAUCUACAGCUUCUCUAAGAACGUCAGCUCCUCUGAUGCCGGGACUUAUUACUGUGCUGUGGCCACAUGUGGAGAGAUAUUAUUUGGAAAUGGAACAAAACUGGACGUUGAAGAUGUCAGCCGCUGUGAUUCACAGAAUGACAAUACAGUUCUGUUUCUGGUGUGUGCUGCUUUGGCUUUAAGUCUGAUUGUUAUAGCCGUCCUUGUUCAUGCCAUCAGGACAAAAUCCUGCGAUUGUUCCAACACUGCUGCCACUCUGCAAACAAAUGCUGCAACAGCCAGUUGUGAUCAGCAAAGUCAGCAGAGAAAUGAGGAGUCUUUGGCUUAUUGUACACCAAACUUUACCAGGAGGAAAGCUGGCAGAGGAGGGAGAAGAAAUCAAAGACAAGAAGAGACCAUCUACACUGAUGUCAGGGCUUUUAUGAUACAUGAUUAAUCUAAACGAUGAAUUUGCUAAAUGAGGCUAAUGUAAUUUUUUUGCUUUAG